UUACUUAAUUUUAGGGUUUAUAUUUAUAUCACAAAAGCCUUUGUGUAUUUUCCAUUGGAGCUUGUCGUCUAACAUGGAGACGGAGGGAUCAUCAGGCAUGGCGAUGUGUCUGUUAACAGACGCAGAAGGAACUCCACUAGGUUCUCCUAUGUAUAUCCCUCACAACGCAGGGCCUUUGCAGCUCACUAGCUUGGUCAAUACGUUUCUCAACAACGAGGAGAAUUUACCUUACAGCUUCUAUGUAUCAGACGAAGAGCUUCUUGUCUCAGUGGGAACUUACAUGGAGAGAAAUAGCGUGUCCGUGGAGAAUGUUUUGAAGAUUGUUUAUCGACAACAAGCUGUUUUCAGGAUUCGCCCGGUUAACCGUUGCUCACAGACUAUUGCUGGUCACGCGGGUGAGAUUCUCUGUGUUUCGUUUAGCCCUGACGGUAAGCAACUAGCUAGUGGUUCAGGUGAUACAACGGUUAGGCUUUGGGAUCUCAACACUGAAACUCCAAUGUUUACAUGCAUAGGGCACGAGAAUCAUGUUCUCGCAGUUGCAUGGUCACCAGAUGCAAAGUGUCUUGUGAGUGGUGAUAGAGAUGGAAAAGUCUGUUGUUGGGAUCCAAGCAAAGGAGAAUUACAGAGCAAACCACUUGCAGGUCACAGGAGGUGGAUUUGUGGUAUCGCGUGGGAACCAGCUCAUCUUAGUUAUCCAAGCCGAAGAUUUGUGACUUGUGGCAAAGAUGGGGAUGCAAGGAUCUGGGACUUUACACUGAAGAGAACUCUUGUUGUCCUCAGUGGACACACACAAGCUGUGACCUGUGUCAAAUGGGGUGGUGAUGGAACUAUAUACACAGGUUCCCAAGAUAGUACCAUAAAGAUGUGGGAGAUCACUCAGCAGGGUCAAGGAAUCCUCAAACAUACUUUGACGGGGCAUGCCCGUUGGGUGAACUCCCUUGCAUUGAGUACAGAAUAUGUUCUUCGGACAGGAGCGUUUGACCACACUAGACAAAUAAGAGGUUCAGAUGAAGAAAUGAAACAGGUUGCACUUGAAAGAUACAUCAAAGCAAAAGGGAGAGCAGAUUCUCCUGAAAGAUUAGUGUCUGGUUCUGAUGAUUUUACAAUAAUCCUUUGGGAACCAUCCAUUAGCUUACAACCUAAGAAAAAGCAAGUUCAUCAACUGGUUGCUACAACAACGUUGACGGGUCAUCAACAGCUUGUAAACCAUGUGUGUUUCUCACCAAAUGGGCAAUGGAUUGCAAGUGCAUCUUUCGAUAGAUCUGUGAAGCUAUGGGAUGGUGUCACCGGGGAAUUUAUUACAGCAUUCCGAGGCCACGUUAAGUCUGUCUAUCAGAUGAGUUGGUCUGCAGACAGUAGGAUGCUUUUGAGUUGCAGUGCAGAUUCCACUCUCAAGGUCUGGGAUAUUAGAACAAAAAGGUUAAAACAUGAUCUCCCUGGUCAUGCGGCUGAGGUUUGGGCCGUGGAUUGGAGUCCAGAUGGUGAGAAAGUAGCCUCUGGUGGCGUUGAUAAAGUUCUCAAGCUAUGGAAAGGUUAAUAGAAGAGCUAGGUUAAAGCUUUCUUUUACUCUCAAGAGCAGAUAUUUUUUUUUUCACGAACACAUACACACAAUACAACAUAACAA